CUUUUGUGGCGUAUUUCAAGUCAAGAAAGAAUGGGAAGAUGGGUGGCGGCCAGUGUCUUCUUUUUCUAGCUUGUUAGAAGAGUGCUCUCGGGUUCUCCCUCCCUCCUUCCCUCUCAAUCUUUAUGCUGCGCUCUCAGCUCUCCGCGCUCACAGCGUCUCCCGCUCUCCACAUCGCUCUCAAAGCAAAGUGUGCGCUCCACGCCGUGCCCAUGCCGCCUCAUUCUGCCUUUACGCACGGAAGACAUUAGAUGCGAGGAUACCUGCGCGUUUUUGGGAUACUGAAGCAACGUGUGACUUUUUUCCCACGUGGCCGUAGAGAUUUAAAAACGCUCCAGGCUGUCUGAGAUGGUGAAGAAAGUCUUUUCUAAACUACAGACGGCUAGAGAGAGAUAGGCCUGGGGAAGGCUGAGAAACUUUUAAGGAGACCUGAAUAAGCAAACAUCAGCACAAAAAAAGUUAAGAGGGUGAAGGAAAAGCGCUGUUUGGGCCCUGCCCAAACGGGUUCAUUAACAUUAACAACAAAGCCAAUAGGUUGUUUUUUUUUCUUAAGGGGGUCCCUCACCAACCAGCAAGAUUUCGCCCAAAAGCAGACAAGAGGAGCGUCCCGCGCUGACGAGACUGGUCGGCAGGAAGCGGUUGAUCGCGGCCGGGGUGCUCGGAGUGGUCAUGGUGCUCGUGCUGGUCGUGCUCAUCCCGGUGCUGGUGAACUCGGCCGGCACUUCGGCACAUUACGAGAUGCUCGGCACGUGCAGGAUGGUGUGCGAUCCGUACGGCACCAAAUCCCCGAGCAGCACGGCCACGGCAGACACGGCGGCGCGCGACACCGGCCUCGUGCAAUCACUGCCCACCUUCAUCCAAGGGCCAAAAGGAGAGCCGGGACGGCCAGGGAAGACGGGACCGCGAGGCCCGCCUGGAGAGCCAGGACCUCCAGGACCCGCAGGCCCGCCUGGAGAGCGUGGAGAACCGGGACGGCCAGGCUUACCAGGACCCCCGGGGCCAAACAGCGCUGGCGCCAUCAGUGCCGCCACCUACAGCACCGUGCCAAAAAUUGCCUUCUACGCGGGCCUUAAGAAGCAGCAUGAGGGCUACGAGUUGCUUAAGUUCGACGACGUAGUCACUAAUCUCGGGAAUCACUAUGACCCGACCACAGGAAAGUUUACCUGUUCCAUACCGGGGAUCUAUUUCUUUACUUACCAUGUGUUGAUGCGGGGUGGAGACGGUACCAGCAUGUGGGCAGACCUCUGCAAAAACAACCAGGUACGCGCAAGCGCCAUCGCGCAGGACGCGGACCAGAAUUACGACUACGCCAGUAACAGCGCGGUGCUGCACCUGGAGCCCGGGGAUGAAGUGUACAUCAAACUGGACGGCGGCAAAGCGCACGGAGGCAACAACAACAAAUACAGCACCUUCUCUGGCUUUAUCAUCUACGCCGAUUAGGACACGUGCUUUCUUCCUCUUCCCGGGCUUUUCCGACCCAUGUCCUUCUUUUCGCACUCACUUUUCUUUUUCAACCUCAAGUCUCCCCUACAGAGCCAGUGGCUGGUGAUACACUCCCUCAUCCGUGCCAUUCACCUUAAAUAUGUUAGUGUAAGAGUGUGUGGGCGGGACGGUCCGUCUCUCCGUGUCUAAUUCAAAAGUCACACACUUGAAGGACAAGUUAUAUAAUCCCGAUUACCGAGAAGAACGCUGAAGAAGAAAAAAACAUCAGUCCAUUAAAAAAGAAAAAAGAAAAAAAAAAACGCCGCUCUUCGAUCGCCAAAGCCGUUACUUGUACUGUAAGUUGUUGCUUCUGUAGUUAACAACAAAGUCUAUCUGUAAGAUGCAUUGUAAGUGAAAAUGAGAUCACUAGUAUGUGCAAUAAUGUUCACAAAAUUUAGGCUUAUUACCAUAUUUCAAAUAUUCAUUGGUAAUCGCUGGUAGGCCUAAUAAAGUUCAUAUGUCUCGCGACAAAUUAAACCCAUGUCAAAUCAUUAUUUAUUGCUGCGUCCCAUUCAGAAGGCAGCUACCUUAGUUGUUCACCUAGAUUUAUCUUCUCUCUCUCUGUUUUAGGCUGCAUUUUAACCGAGAACACACUUUUACAUUGUACCUAUCGCAUUUGGGAAUCCCUAUACACCAGCACGUCUAAAGCGCUGUGUACACGAUGCUUGUUUAAUCAUAAUGGACCCCUUUCCACCGAGCCCAAUGACGUAUUUCCGUUUUGGUUUUAGCAGGGUAAACCUAGCAAGCAGCACUUGACGGAGUUUACAUCAUUUAGAUCCAAAUCAGCCUACCAGGACAAACACAAACAGCACAUACACAAGCUGUUACACACACUCCAGCACAAACCACUAAAAUGUAUUUUUGUGUUUAACUUUCUAGCUUUAGUGUGGCAUUAACCAUGAUUAUGUAAUAUGUAGUAUAUGGCCAGAAGGCAGAGGACACCAAUUGUCAUGAUCCACAGCCUUAAGAUAUACUGCUCAAAUUAUAUAUAAUUUUAGCAGUAUACAUAUUUGUAUACAUUCAUAUUUAUUAAUCAUAUAGUACAAACUACUUUCCUUGCACAUUAUUGUCACUCAUAUUGCACAUACAGGUCUUUACACAUAUUCAACUUUGCCCAUAUCCUUCUGCACAGUCCAUUACUCAUAUCACUCAUUCUUUUACAUUUCUUUACAUUGCACCUUUAUAUUCAUUAUUCAUCACUUAAUAUGUAUAUACAGAAUGGUAAAUUUGGUACUUUCUUUCCUUCUUUCUUUCAUUCUUUCCUUAUUGCCAUAAGCUUUUUUUUUUUUUUUUUUUUUUUAAAUACAAUAGCACUUUUAACAGUAUCGCAUUUUACCUCAGUUAACUUGCAGUAGACUUGCUGAGCUGUUUACCCUGCAUUUUGCUUAAUUCCGGAUUCUAAACACAAACUUGUGGCUUUGCUGGUGCAAUGGUUAAAGGCUUUGCUUUACGGAUCAGGAGGUUAGGAUUCAAGCCCAAGCACUUCUAAGCUGCCACUGUUGGACCCUUGAGGAAGGCCCUUAACCCUCUCUGCACCAGUGAUGCAGAUCAUGACUGACCCUGCGCUCUGACCCCAGCUAUCUAACAAGCUUUGAUAUAUAAAGAAUUUCACUCUACUGUAAUGUAUAUAUGACAAUUAAAGGCUUCUUUUUAUUCUAAGUUUGAGAAGGGCCCUUUGUGCCUCGUUUAAUCUGCUGCCUAUAGUUAGCUGUCUUACAAUUGCUCGCUAGCGAACACAAGUCCAAUUACCAUAGCUAUCUAAAUUUAAUCAAAGAAAUGAUUGUGGCAAGCUGUGCAUUAAACAGUUAAGGAAAUUGUAUGCGGAAUUAAAAUGAUAGACAGUGGAGGAACCUAGCUGUUAUUUCAAUAUUCUCUCCUAAACCACCUGGCUGUACCUUAAAUCAUUAUGCAGUCAUACUGUUUAAUUAAGACUUUACAUCUCUCCUCAGGCUUAGGUUUGACUUUCUAUGUUUGUCGAAAGUUUUGGGAUAUUGUCUAUUCCAUUUACAAACACUGCAUGCACAAUAUUCAUAGUCCUCAAAUUCUUUCAUGGGUGUCUGUGCCUAAUUAUAAUAGCCAAGCUAUGAUUGGUCAAUCACUAUUUAGGGGAGGGGUUUAAGUCAAUUGGAUUUGCUUUUAUAUAACCUUAGUGUGGUAACUAGCAACAUUUGUUUUUCGAAAUUUGCUGAUAAUGAAACUCUGCUGCUCUGAAACUCUGCUGCUGCCUUUAAAUCUGGUUAAUAAGUGUGUAGGUGUGUACCUGUUUAUGCUGCCUUCCAAAUGGGACAGUCUUUAUCUUGGAUGAGCACAAAUUCCAGCCUAAACGAUUUACACCUAAAUAGCUGCCUCCCAAAUGGAAUGAAUGGCAUAAAACAAUAUCCACAUAGUUCCUGUUAUAGGACAUAGUGAGAGAAAGAUUGACAAACUGCUCUGUAUUAUUAGUAAAAGAAUUGUAUCGGUAAACAAUCAGUAAAUAAACAGUAGCCCUGUCGUACAUUAGCUGCAGUAUUAUGGUGAAGGUUCCAGUGUCAUAUCAUAAUCUUGGUGCAUUGUGGUACAUUUGCUUGCUUGUAGUUGAUUGAUUGAUUGAUACCAAACCUGCUAUGUAACACCUAAACUUUAUAACAUGCUGAUAAAUUCUGCUGUUGAUGCCAUGACACGCUGAGUGAUCGUUGGAUGUAGGUUACGCAAUGAUCUGGCCAGUCACACAGGUAUUUAUGGUAGACUAACUACAGUACAGCAUGACUUUCAAUGUAUUCGUCACAGUCGAGUUAUCUAUGACUUCAGUAUCUCUAGUUUUUAUUUUUUAUAUCCUAUAUCAGCUAUAUUCAGUAUAUGUCUUGGAUCUUGGAUCGUCCAGUGAGAUGAAGGUUUAAUAGAAGAAAAUGCAUCUGUUUUUACACAGAUGUACUGAACAGAGGAAGACUGUGCUUUGUGAUGUUGAGAGCACUAUGCAGAAACUGUGUUGAUAUGUAAAUGUGUAUCUAUCUAAGAGAAUCUGCAAAACGUGACUACUGAUAUUGCUACUUAUUUUCUAUGUACAUAUUGUAGUGAUUUAUUUUUAUUUCCUCUAAAUAUACAAAUGGCUGGAAAGCACAUGACAGUGUCAUUGUUUUGGGAUUGUUGCAUUAGAAUAAUUGCAUUCCUAUCUCACAUGACCUGAGGGUGUGGGACUUUUUGACCAAUCAGAAUACACUUCAUCUGUACACCAUUUACAUACAUUUUUCCAUUAAAUGGAAGUUUGAACUGAUAUGUUAAUUCCUCUGACUUAUGUUAUUCUUAGCUUGUCGGUUAUUUACAAAUAGAUCAUGUAAAACCUUGAAAAUAUAAGAUGCUAUCAUUCAGUUCUGUGAUUUUAAAAUGAGCCAUAUAAGCCAUACUGAGCCAUAAAGGUCAUAAAGGUGGAUGUAGCUAAAAAUAUACAGAAUCUUAUAUUUCUAAGGUCUCACUUUAUUAAAGCGAUGCUUUAACUGUAGAUGGUGAAUAUGCUGGUUAUAUCUUAGCACAUAUUUCUGUCAGUCAAAACUCUCACUAUUCCUGCAUCUUAACUCCUUAAACAUUAAUCAGAUUUAAUCUGUGAAGGAAUGUGGCUGCACUCAUAAUGUAUUUCUCCCCACUUUUUUUCUGUUUUUUAAAAUACGUGAGAAAAUGUGGGAGACUACAUAAAGUCAAUAUUUUGAAAUUAACUCUGGUCCCUGCAGUCACCUGGACAUUAACUCUUAUGAUGUCAUAGGCCCUUUUGUGUAUUGAUGAUGUUGGUGACAGCUUUUUAACAUCUUGGAGGCUUCAAGUAAGCUGCCAUCUCUAAACAAAAGCUUCUGCCUACACAGAAAUCCACAUUUCUUGGAAUGUAAGGUGGGAAGUCUGAUUCUGGCCACCUCAUUCUGAGAGUCACAGUGGAAAAUGGAUCAAGCUACACACACACACACACACACACUUUGUUUUGUUUCACAGUCUCUAAUAAACCCACUGAGGUGUUUGGGCUUUAGAAGUACUCUACACCGCCCAAUGUCAUCUCUGUUCAACUUCACAUAAAUCCUGUGAAGAGAUGGAGAAAGAAGAAGAAGCUGGUGUUGAAGGGUGGGUUAGGGACUAUGGACAGGACAAAUAGGACAAAGCAACAGACAAACAGACAAAAACCUUACACAAAAGUUUAAAUGGAAAGUUUUUUGUUAUAUCCAAGGUUAAAUCAAAUCAUUUCAACCUGAAAGAGGGAUAGAUGAUUAAUGAAUGAAUAAUAUUUUUAUGUCAUCCUAAUGUGUGUGUGUGUGUGUGUAGUUUAAUUUAAUUUUCCUGUUCAUUGUGAUAAUUUGCUGAUAGGUGCAUUUUGGAGAAAGGUGUAUAACUGGACCAAUCAGUGAGGGGUCAGGCAGAGGUCAUUUCUGUAUGUAGAACACUCAGGUGCCUCACAUAAGCCAUAACCCCUUUAAUGAGUGGUACAGUCCUUCUGCUCACUGCCUACCACCAAUCUCUCUCUCUCUCUCUCUCUCUCUCUCUCUCUCUCUCUCCUUCUCUCUGUAUCUGUUUAUCUCUUUCACUUGAUGAUAUCACUUUCAUGUGAAUGCAUUGGUUAUUCUUUCAUCUUCCAUUUAUUCUAAUCAUGGCUCUGCCAGUGACCUUUGCCUAAGUAUGAAUCAAUAUUUGGUCACCACUUCUGUACAGCAGCCGAGGCCUUGGAGUGCUGACUUUAUUAAUUAGUUAUAAUGGCCAUGUCACAUCUUCAAAGUUUGGGGGACAUAAAAGAAAGCAGGUCCAUCAGAGUUACAGAGAAGAGGUACUGCAAAGACAUGACAGCUUUCCCAAAUGCUUAUUCGACUCAAGGGGUAUUAUUUAAAAUUCGUUACGGUUCUGCUACGUAAAAGUCUCUGCUUGCGAAGGUAGACCACCUGACUGUACCUUAAUAUACAGCUAACAUGACUGAAUGGCAACUAAAGUGUUCUUUACCCUUCAGGCUUAGUUUAG